UAUAUUUUUAAGUUGUCAAAUGAGGUUGAAGUAAGGACAGGACUGAUAUUUUUCUUUAUAUAAAUACUGUGCUUUCUGGAGGAGCAAAUACUUUUCUCGCUUUAAUUUUUUGCUGUUCAUUCUAUAAACACCAUGAUUUCAAAGUUUAUAUUUUUGUUAUGUUGCUUGCCGCUAGUUUCAUCAAAAAGUUGCAUACAUCUAAAAAUGUCGCUCAUUAAUAUUCGGAAGAAGAUGAUUGAAAUGGACAAAAAAAUUGACGCCAUUUAUGCAGAAAUUACUAAACCGGAGGAAGUACCAUAUGAUUGUCAAGAUGUGAAAGAAACAUCCAAAGAACCAGAUCUGGAAAGUGGAGUUUAUAUUAUCGAAGUGCCUGGCUGUCCACGAAAGAAAGUGUAUUGUAAUUUUACUAACGAUGAAUCUUGGACAACUAUUUCUCGCCGGGUUCAUGGCGAAAAUAUUUUUAAUAGAACUUGGGAUGAGUAUGCUAAAGGUUUUGGAAAAGGUAAAGCGGAUUAUUGGCUUGGCAACGAUAUUAUACAUGCCCUGACAAUUAUGCAUAAAUAUAAGCUGCGAAUUACUAUGGAAGGUUUCGGGAUAAAAAAUGGCAAAGCAUAUUCUCUGUAUGAAAGUUUCCAAAUUGGCCACAAAAAUCUUUCAUAUCCGUUAAUCUUAGGGAAGUAUCUCCCGAAAGAAAGUAACGGUGGAGAUAGUUUUCGAUCUACUAGCAGAUGCAAUGAAACCGCUAAUUAUAAUCAAACCUUCUCGACUACUGAUUAUGGUGUAUCGACUCUGUGUGCCAAGAGACGCAGCGGUGGUUGGUGGUUUACCGACUGUGGUUGUUCUAAUUUGAACGGUGAAAUAAUCCCGGGUGGCUCUAUCUCAUCGUCUGAUUACAAAAGAGGAAUUUAUUGGGACACUCUUUACUAUAAUCUGUGGGAUAUGAAAUCUCCUUUACGUAAAGUUGUUUUGGAAAUCACAAGGGUUUGAAAGAUGAGGCUUUUAUCGUUCUAAAGGUACAUUGUUUAGAUGGUAAUAAAUUGUAAUUAACGAAUUAAUUUCGUGUGUGUAUCAGGACAUGGAUAACUAUAAAGUUCGCAUGCAGAAUAUACUGAACCGGAAUUUUUGCCGUAGACUUAAAAUAUAUACCACUAAGACGCCGAAAUAAACAAGGACGCCUCAUAUUUUGUGUACAUCAUUCACUGAAGCCUUGAAACUUAUGGGAGUUUCAGAUUUAUAUCGUUAUUGAGACUCUCACCCUCCACAACCCCGGUUCAACAUGAAACCCGUUUUCUUUUCUGUAAUAAAAUAUUUCGGUUUUAACCAGAAUACAUUAUUAUUCAUGAAAUUUAGCGUUUCUGUAUUUUCUUACCCAAUAUAUACAGUUUUUUUCUGAGUAAAAAAGAGAAAGGGAAAAAUCCUUAGACAAUUGAA